CGACAAGCUGUCCUUUCAUUUCUUACUACACGUUCAUCCACUGUCAGUCUGAGACGGUUCACAUUAAGGAAUGUAAUAGACUUUAGCGAUGGCAACACAACCACUGAAUUUAUCUAAUGGACAAAUGCUGUUAGUUCCCUCCAAUGGCCCCAGUGUCAUCCAGGGAGGGCAGGCUUUUCCAGGAACUGUUAUGCAGCCAGCAGAGACUGUGCAGUAUGUAUCAUAUGGAGGCCAGGAGUUUAGAAGUGCCGCCAACCAGCUUCACCAGCAGCCACACAUGGGGCCAAUGGAGAAACUUCUCAAGGCGGACAUCAAGACUCUGGGGGCUGUCCAGAUCAUGAUUGGAUUGAUCCAUAUUGGUUUCGGGAGUCUCUCCUUCAUCUUUGUUGGUUCUGAAUACAUUAGCCUUGCUACUAUUGGAGGUUAUCCCCUCUGGGCUGGGCUGUCUUUCAUUAUUUCAGGAUCUUUUUCUGUUGAUGCAAUGAGACAUCUAAGCAUUUCUCAGGUGAAAUGCAGUGUGGGACUGAACAUCACAAGCGCUAUAAUUACACUUUUUGGCAUCUCUCUCUAUAUGGUAGAGUUUGUCCUUUGGCAGAUCUGGAUGCAUUACGCAGUUACCGGACUCCAUGUCCUGCUCUUCUUGUUCACCCUGCUGGAGUUCUGCAUCACAGUUUCGGCUGCACAUUUUGGAUGUCAAGCAACGUGCUGUAACAAUGAGAGGACUGUACACCAUGUGCCAUACACUGUCCUUGACGUGGGUACGAAUUUUCCUGAAAGCAGCCGUCCUCCUCCAUACAAUCCCCAUGAGUCUUCUGCUGUCAAAUUAACAGCUUAGUUACCAGUCCAAGAGAGAAGCUAUGGCUGCUACCCCAUUCACAAUCACAGCAAUCCUGAGAACUACAAUCUUACUGUUUUGUCAUGACAUUUUUGCAAGCUCUCUACCCAGACUAUCUGCUAUGGCUUCAAAUUUUGGUAGAUCAAUUAUCUAGAUUUUAAAAUCCUGCCUUAAAUGCAGGCAGCCAACCACUGUGAUGAGAAGGUGGGGCAGGGAUUCUCCCUGCACAACCGAUGAGUGGUUGGCUGCCUGGGGAGGCAGAGAAGGGCAGCCUGAGCUCUUGCCCAAACUGACACACUGCCAGAGGAGGAGGUCCCCAGUUGUGUGUGAAGAACAGUGAGUGAGCCAGCUGGCCAAGGUAUCGUUGGGAGAUGAGCCCACAUGUGAUUUGUGCCCAUCUCUAAAAAGCACUGUUACGGGUUCUGCUUAGAAAGAGGUGUUUUCAUAUAUGAGAUACUUCCUACAAUCUGUCCAGGUGUUACCUAAAACAAUGAAAUACGUUCUACUUGGCUAUUCUACACAGAGUGAGUAUCUGAUCAACUUUUCUGUUAAAAAUUGUAUGAUGCAUGUACUAUAGUUAUUUAAUAGCGAUAGGCUUACCAUGUAUCCAUCCAAUUUUUUUCAUCCAUUCUAGUUUUUAUUAAAGUAUUG